AUGUCGUUGAAUACACCCUCAGUCCCGGAUGCCAUCGCCGAGAUAGAUCCGUUGGAGGUCAGAAGACAGGCCAAGCAGAUCUCCAACGACAUUCAGCAGCAAGCCGGACGUAUCUCAAUCCUCCUCGAGAAGAAUAAGUGCAUGUCCAGCAUUCUGAGCCAGGAAAUCAGAGGUAUCGAAGCCACCCUUUUUUCGCGUGAAGGUGCUGUCGGCCAGAAUUCCGCCCCGGUCGACUUUUGCAGUUACCUGAGAGACAUCCGAUUCAAGAACGCCAGAAUUAGGGACGAUCUGGUGCAGCAGGAAGAAUUGAUCAAGCGUCUGGCCCAAUACUGCGCGGAUUCCAGUGGUCGGUUCGAGAAGCAUGCUGAACAACUGCUUUCCGUGAUUGCGCAACAGGGAGAAGUGAUCCGUGACCUCGACUCUGAGAACGCCGACCAGAUAAUGCUUAUCGGCCAGCUCAAGGUCAAGAAAUCCGAGGUGGAGUUGGAACUGCUUAACCAGGUCGGAGCGAUCGAAGAUCAAACCCGCAUCGCAGCUUCCGCUGAAUCGCGCGUCGCCAAACUCAAGGAAGUCAUCUACAACACUUCUUCACUGAUGCUCCUGGAGCUGGAUUAUCAGGAAGAGGUGAUCAACGAUCUUCCCAUGGACGCCGACGCCAGGUUUCUAUCCAAAAGCCGCAAGGUGAUGACUGACUUGGCCAAUAACAUUGCACGCCUGACUUGCGACGGAAUCGAAAACGAGAUGACAUUUAGGCUCGAACUGGAGCCCGAUCUCAGUGCGGAGCUCGCUGACCUCAACCAAAAGAUCAACACCCAGAACAUGAAGAUCAAUGGCCAGGCCCACCAUAUUACCGAGCAAAACAAGAUCAUCAGUGAGCUCCAGACUCAGAACCGUAACCUGGUGCUCAGUCUUGAGGAGUCAAACUAUGAAGUGAUCAAGUUGCUGGAUCGUCAAAGUCUCUCCGAUCAGAGCAGGGAAGGAAGUGCUGGCGCCAGGUCUGGAGAGCCGGUCGUCAAAACCGAACCGACCAACUAG